UUGGAGGUCAGAGCGUUGGCCGCAGUCGCAGCAAAAACAAAUCAAGAAAAAAAACUGCUGACGCUAUUGCAAAUAUUUUGCAUAAAAUGCGCGAGAGUCGAACAAUUGUCAAUCAGAAGUGAAUCUAGAUUACAGAACAGUAGAAAGAUGGCUUGCAACACAACUACACGACUGAUGACAGUGCUGCUGGUAUUGCUGGCUGCCAUUGCCUUGGAGCAGCAUGUGGCUGCCAGCAAGUUUGCCUACAAGAAACCCAUCUACGGCAAGACCAGCUAUGUGAAGGAUCGUCGCUACAAGAUGCGCACAACAAGCAGCCCGGACACCACAGAGGAUGAUUGGCCGGCGCCCGUGGAGUUCAUUAUCAAUAGCACGCCCAGAAGCACAGGAACAUCGCGAUCCACGACAGAGUCAAGCAUCAGCAGCACUCCAAGUCCUGCCACGUCCACAACAGAGAUGCCAGGCAGCACCAGAACUGUGGCUACUUCAACAGAUAGCACCAGCAGCUGCAGCAGUAGUAGCACUAGUACCACAGAGUCGGGAUUAGACAACACGUUGCCAUCACCACCGACUCCGGGCGCAAUUGUUGCAGCCGCAGUGCCAUUGAAUCAGCCUGUGCCCUGUACCUGCGGCGUAUUCCUCUCUUCGCAGAUCAAAAAUGGUCUCCCCGAUACGCCGCUCAUCCACAACGAAAUGGAUCGCAUGUAUCCCUGCAAUGCCAUUGGACACAAACAGUGUCAGACGAAGUGCCUGGAGGCGAUUGUACAGCACUUGCCCAACUCGGCGAACAUUGUGUGCGCCACGCUGGGACACAACUGCCACAAGGAGCGGGCCUAUCUCUUCAUCAAGAACUGUCAUAAUCAAUGGGUGAAUACGAAUCUGCAGGCUGGUCGUGAGUAUUGUUGCAAGGAGGGCGUGCCCUAUCGUUGUCCACUGCUUGGCUGAGCGGUAUUUGUCAUACUAUACUUAAUAACAGCUAUCUGUCCAACUGCAAUAAAUGAGCGUAAUAAAAUCAAUGUUUGAAAAAUGUAAACAAAA